CCGCCGCGACGCAGUUUCCUGACUCCUGCGGGUUAAGCGCCGCUCCGAGGCGAGGGCUGUCUCUCCGGAGAGCGGCGUCAUGUGACCCCGUCACCAGACCCACCCUCAGCUGCCCUAUUCCAAUAUGGUGGCCGGCUUGGCGGACCUACGAGUUUGUUUCACGUACCUGUUUGUCUCCGGCUUGUGGCUCGGCGCCCGCGGCCAGGUCGCCCCGCAAGUGCUGGGGCUCAGACUGGAAGACCCCGGCACGUCCGUGUCUAUGAGGGACGGGGUCGUCAAGGCGCCCCUAAAGUCUGCAUUCGUGCUGCGGCUGUACGGAUCACACCUAGCAAACGAAACCUGGCCCUGGGUAGCGUUUGCGGGCAAGGAGCAGGGGGAGGGAGAGACGAGCGGCGGGGACAGCGGCGCGUCUCCUCCCCCGGGACAGGACGACCCGUGUCGGGAAGCGCGACUGAGGAGCGCUUCACGACUUCAGGUGCUGGGAGAGUUCCUAGCCGAUGGGGACAACUCCGGUUUGUUGACCGUGCAGACGGACUCCGGCAGCGGUGCCAGCGCGAUUACAACAAGCUAUUACCUGUGCGUCCGAGUCGGACCCGGGGACGAAUGGGCGGCUUACCAGGGCAAAGACACCGUCUUUCAAGUCCAGGAGACCGACGCAAGUUCCACCCACACCGAUGCCAUCCCGGUGUGGGGGCUAGUGGUCGGCAUCGUUCUCCUCCUGGUCGCCUCCGCCGUCUUCAAGGGCUUGAACCUCAGCCUGCUGUGGCUGGACCCGCUGGAGCUGUACGUGCUGCACACCUGCGGAUCCGAGAGGGAGAAGAAAACAGCCCAGCGCCUGCAGCCCGUCCGGCGGAGGGGUAACUUUCUGCUCUGCGCCCUUCUCUUCCUCGGCGCCCUGGGGCAGUCCGCUCUCGGUGUCCUGUUCUACCGGGCUUUCAAUUCGGUAGCUCCCGCCGUUUUCCUCUGCGGGUUCCUGGUCUUCACCGUAGCAGAGCUGCUCCCACACGUCUUGUGCUCCCGCUACGGGUUCAGGCUGGCCCCGGGGGUGGCGUGGCUGGCGCAGCUGACCAUGCUGCUCACCUGCCCGCUCACCUGCCCGCUCGCCCUGCUGCUGGACCUGGGUCUCCGGAGGGACAUCAGCACCUGCGCGACCCGCGAGAAGGUGAUGGAUCUGAUGCGAUCCAACAGCGACCCGUACCAGGAGUUCGUGAAGGAGGAGUUCAGCCGGGGAGCGCUCCGCACCAAGACCGUGCAGGAUGUGCUGACCCCGCUGAAGGAGUGCUUCAUGCUGCAGGCCGACACCGUGCUGGACUUCGGGGUCAUGUCGCGGAUCAUGCAGAGCGGCUACACGCGGGUGCCGGUGUACGAGGAGGAGAGGUCCAACAUCGUGGACAUCCUGUACGUCAAGGACCUGGCCAUGGUGGACCCGGAGGACCGGACCCCGCUGAGCACCAUCACCAAGUUCUAUAAUCACCCGCUCCACUUCGUGUUCGACGACACCAAGCUGGACGCCGUGCUGGAGGAGUUUAAGAAAGGUAAGUCUCACCUGGCGAUCGUGCAGAAGGUGAAUAACGAGGGUGAGGGAGACCCUUUCUAUGAGGUGCUGGGGCUGGUCACUCUGGAGGACGUCAUCGAGGAGAUCAUCAAGUCUGAGAUCCUGGACGAGUCCGACAUGUAUAUGGAGUCGAAGGUGAAGAAGACCCCGGCCCCCAUGGGGACCCCCCUCGGGAGGCGCAGGGAGGAUGUGUCUCUCUUCAAGCUGCCUGACGCAGAGCUCAAGGUCAAGACGUCUCCACAGCUGCUGCUGGCCACCCACCGCUUCCUCUCCAGAGAGGUGGAUCUCUUCAGUCCUCUCCGUGUCUCGGAGAAGAUUCUGCUCCACCUGCUCAAGCACCCGAGCGUCAACCAGGAGCUCAAAUUCGACCCAGCGGACCGUCUGAGCGCGGCACACUACCUGUACAACCGGAACCACCCGGUGGACUACUUCAUCCUCAUCCUGCAGGGUCGAGUGGAGGUGGAGAUCGGGAAGGAGGGGCUGAAGUUUGAGAACGGAGCCUUCACCUACUACGGAGUUUCUGCGCUCACAUCGCCCUCUUCAGGACACCAGUCCCCUGUGUCCACGCUGCACCAGUUUGAUUUCGGGGACAGCCUCCCAUCCUUGUACUGUCCUGACUACACGGUGCGCGCGCUCACAGACCUGCAGCUUGUGAAGGUGACUCGGCUGCAGUACUCGAACGCUCUGGCUGCCUCUCAGGUGCACGUCUCCCCCCCCAACCCCCCCGACAGCAUGGAGCUCCAGAUCGUCCCGAGCAGCCAGACCCGGCUGCUGAACGAGAGGAACGCCGGCCCAGUGUUCCCUGAAUGCUAUUCAAUCUUUGACACACUCGAGUGCUUCAGUUCACACUGUGUGCACAAGGUGUCUGGCUGGUAGGUGCUGUGCUGACUCCCCCCCUCUCUCUCUCACCCCCCUCCCCCUCUCCCUCUCCCUCUCCCUGUCUCCGUCUCUCUCACCCCUCACUCUCCCCCUCUCUGUGUGCACGAGGUGUCUGGCUGGUAGGUGCUGUGCUGACUCCCCCCCUCUCUCUCUCACCCCCCUCCCCCUCUCCCUCUCCCUCUCCCUGUCUCUGUCUCUCUCACCCCUCACUCUCCCCCUCUCUGUGUGCACGAGGUGUCUGGCUGGUAGGUGCUGUGCUGACUCCCCCUCUCCCUCUCCCUGUCUCUGUCUCUCUCACCCCUCACUCUCCCCCUCUCUGUGUGCACGAGGUGUCUGGCUGGUAGGUGCUGUGCUGACUCCCCCUCUCCCUCUCCCUGUCUCUGUCUCUCUCACCCCUCACUCUCCCCCUCUCUGUGUGCACGAGGUGUCUGGCUGGUAGGUGCUGUGCUGACUCCCCCUCUCCCUGUCUCUGUCUCUCUCACCCCUCACUCUCCCCCUCUCUGUGUGCACGAGGUGUCUGGCUGGUAGGUGCUGUGCUGACUCCCCCUCUCCCUGUCUCUGUCUC